CUGAUCCCGGAUAAGCGGUUGAAGAUGAGUGAUUAUCUGAAUUUUGUUUUUUAGAUUCUGUCUCUCACAGUUGAAGUGCACCUACAAUAAAAAUUACAGACCUCUAUUCUUUGUAAGUGUGGAAAACUUGGAAAAUCAACAGCGGAUCAAACACUUAUUUACCUCACUGUUUGUCAAAGAAGUAGCAUUUCUACUGUGGUUUUGCAACAAGCAGAUGCUUAAAGCGCUUUACAAUGGUGGCUCACAUCUUAGAUUCUGGAAUUGCCCAGGCAUGGUCAAGUCUGCCGAAGAUCAAUUAUUGGGGUCAAAGGUCAAGAUUUUAAUUUUUGCUCCAAUUUGCACCAAACCUGGCACACAGCCAGAGAGCUCAGAGAUGAAGAGAUGAAGACUGAGUUACCUUCUAGGAGACGACCUCCAGUGUUUCAGUUCCAUUCUUCCAUUUUUUUUUUACUCCCUCCACCGCUGAUCUCACUCCCUGUCGACCACUGUCAUGGCGACCACCAUGACUUCCACAACAGAUUUUGAUAAUGCUGAGAUCACACAACAAUACAGCCAUGUCAACACUCGCUUCGAGCUUUCCGACGAGCAGCUGGACAAUGACAACAGCUCCGCCAGGCUGUUUGAGCGCUCGCGCAUCAAGGCCCUUGCAGAUGAACGUGAGGCGGUUCAAAAGAAGACUUUCACCAAAUGGGUCAACUCAAUUCUGUCCCGGGUCGGCUGUCGUAUCUCUGACCUCUACUUGGACCUACGAGAUGGUCGAAUGCUGAUUAAACUGCUGGAAGUGUUGUCUGGUGAACGACUGCCAAAACCCACUAAAGGCCGAAUGCGUAUCCACUGCUUGGAGAACGUGGACAAGGCCCUGCAGUUCUUGAAGGAGCAGAGGGUUCAUCUGGAGAACAUGGGCUCACACGACAUCGUCGAUGGCAACCAUCGACUUAUCCUUGGCCUCAUCUGGACCAUCAUCCUGCGCUUCCAGAUCCAGGACAUUAUUGUGGAAACGGGCCAGGCGGACCAAAAGGAGACGCGUUCCGCCAAGGAUGCUUUACUUCUGUGGUGCCAGAUGAAAACUGCGGGAUAUCCCAAUGUCAACAUCACAAACUUCACCACCUGCUGGAAAGACGGCAUGGCCUUCAACGCCCUCAUACACAAACACCGGCCUGAUCUGGUGGAUUAUAAGAAGCUGAAGAGGUCCAACCCGACCCACAACCUCCAAAAUGCCUUUAACGUAGCAGAACAGAAGCUUGGUGUGACCAAACUGUUAGAUCCAGAAGAUGUGUUCACGGAGAAUCCAGAUGAGAAGUCCAUUAUUACGUAUGUCGUGGCGUUCUACCACUACUUCUCCAAAAUGAAGCAGCUGGCCGUCGAGGGCAAGAGAGUUGGAAAGGUUUUGGAUCACGCCAUUGAAACAGAGAAGAUGAUUGACAAGUACGAGACGCUUGCGUCAGACCUGCUGACGUGGAUUGAGCAGACCAUCAUAGUGCUGAACAACCGAAAACUUGCCAACUCCCUAACUGGAGUUCAGCAGCAGCUUCAGGCUUUUAACACCUACCGCACCGUGGAGAAACCACCCAAGUUUCAGGAGAAGGGAAACCUGGAAGUGCUGCUCUUCACCAUUCAGAGUCGCAUGAGAGCCAACAACCAGAGGGUCUACGCACCUAAGGAGGGCGUCCUGGUAGCAGAUAUCAACAGGGCCUGGGAGCGUCUGGAGCGGGCGGAGCACGAACGCGAGCGUGUCUUGAGAGACGAGCUGAUCAAACAGGAGAAGCUGGAACAGAUGGCUCGGAGGUUUGACAGGAAGGCUGCCAUGAGGGAGACGUGGCUGCUGGAGAACCAGAGACUUGUGGCUCAGGACAACUUUGGUUAUGACCUGCCUGCAGUGGAGGCAGCAAAGAAAAAGCACGAUGCCAUUGAGACCGACAUUGCCGCAUACAAGGAACGUGUUCAGACGCUGGUGGACAUCUCAAAAGAGCUGGAGUCAGAGCGUUAUCAUGACUUCAAACGGAUUGACGUGCGGAAAGAUAACAUCUUGCGCCUGUGGGACUACCUGCAAGAGCUGCUGAAUGCCCGUCGGGGCCGCCUGGAUAAGAAUCUUACACUGCAGUGUAUCUUUCAAGAGAUGCUUCAUAUCAUCAGCUGGAUGGAUGACAUGAAGGCUCGACUUCUGUCUCCUGACUUUGGGAAACACUUGUUGGAAGUGGAAGAUUUAUUACAGAAGCAUGCUCUGGUAGAGAACGACAUUGCUCUGCAGGCAGAGAGGGUAGAAAACACCAGUACUGCUGCUCUAAAGUUCGCCAGUGCAGAUAGUUAUAAGCCAUGUGAUCCUCAGGUGAUUCUGGACAGGGUUCAGCACCUGGACCUGUGCUACAAAGAACUCUGUGGCCUGGCAGCCCAACGUAGGGCUCGCUUAGAACAGUCCCGUGUCUUCUGGAGCUUUCUAUGGGAGGUGGCAGAGUUGGAGAGCUGGAUUAAGGAGAAGGACAACAUUUUCUCAUCCCUGGAUUAUGGCAAGGAUUUAACGAGUGUGCUUGUGCUCCAGAGCAAACACAGCGCCUUCGAGGAUGAGCUUGGAGCCCGUCGUGCCAAUCUGGAACAGGUCAUGACUGAGGGGGAAAAGAUGAUCCUGGCUAAACACUUUGGCUCUCCAAAAGUUCAAGAAUGCAUGGAGGACAUCUGGAGACAAUGGCAGCAGCUGGAGGAACUGGCAGCAUUUCGGAAGCAGAAUCUCCACGACAUGAAGAGGUUCUUUCAGUUUCAAGGAGAUGCUGAUGACCUCAAGAACUGGCUCCUGGAUGCCAAGAGGCAGAUGAGCAGCAAUGAUGUAGGUCAUGAUGAGUACACUACUCAGCGACUGCUAAAGAAACACAAAGACCUGAGGAAUGAGGCGGUGAAGAAUGGGGCCACCAUUGAAGCUUUAUCCAAACAGGCCAAUGGGCUUCCAGAGGAACUGCAAAAUACUCCUGAUAUCCAGAGACGCUUGAAAGACAUCAAGGACCUUUACAUGGACCUCAUGUCGCUGGCUGAUCUGAGGCAGAAGAAGCUUGAUGACACUAUGGCCCUGUACACUAUCUUCAGUGAGACAGAUGCCUGUGAACUUUGGAUGGGGCAAAAGGAAACGUGGCUGGUGGGCUUAGAGGUGCCCGAGAAGCUAGAGGACCUUGAAGUAGUACAGAAUAGGUUGAGCAUUCUAGCACAAGAUAUGGGAAAUGUUCAGUUAAGAGUUGACGAUGUCAACAAAGCUGUGAAACAUCUCGAGGACAGUAGACACCCUCGUACCAAGGAGGUCAAGGAAUGUCAGACAAGUCUGAAUAAGAGGUGGGAGGCUUUCAAGGCUAUGGUAGAAGAAAAGAAGAGGAAAGUGGAUUCUGCUCUUAGCCUGCACAACUAUGGGCUUGAGUGUGAUGAGACAGAAGCCUGGAUCAAAGACAAAACACGGGUGAUUGAGUCCACACAGGAGUUAGGAAAUGACCUGGCAGCUGUCAUGACAAUCCAGCGGAAACUAUUUGGCAUAGAGAGAGAUUUAGCUGCCAUUGAGUCUAAACUUGUCUUCCUGAGGAAUGAAGCUGACCAGCUCGCCAGUGACCACCCAGAAAAUGCAGCUGACAUCUUGGCACGAAAAGGAGAGCUGGACAAAGCCUGGGACAUGCUGAAAAAGACCCUAAAAGACAGGGAGGACUCACUGGGUGAGGUAAGCAAGUUACAGACAUUUUUGCAAGACAUGGAUGACUUCCAGUCCUGGCUUUUCAAAGCCCAAAAGGCUGUGGCCUCUGAGGAAAUGCCUGCCACAUUUCCGGAGGCUGAGGAACAGCUGAACCUUCACGACGCAGUGCGUGAAGACAUAAAUAACCAUGAAGAGGACUUCCACUGUGUGAGGGCCACUGGUACUCAGGUAAUGCAGGGUCAGGAGGAUGAUCCUCAGUACCAGCAGCUGGAACAGAGACUGAACGGCCUGGAUUGUGGUUGGUAUGAACUCCAGAGGAUGUGGGAUAGCCGCAAGAACUUUCUGGACCAGGGUCUGGGAUUCCAGCAAUUCAUGAGGGAUGCCAAGGGUGUAGAAGCCAUCCUCAACAACCAGGAGUACACGUUGGCUCAUGUAGACAAACCGGACACCUUGGCUGGGGCGGAGGAAGCUUUGAAAAAGCACGAGGACUUUAUGAGCACCAUAGAGGCCAACAAAGACAAAAUUGAUGGCACCCUGGAGGGAGGACAGCGGCUCGUUGACAGUAACAACCUCUACGCUGAUAAAGUCCAGGAAAAAAUGGACUCCAUCCGAGACAGGCAUAACACCAAUAAAGAACGAGCCCAGGAGGUGUCAGAAAGGCUCAGAGAUAACCGUGACCUCCAGCAUUUCCUGCAAAACACUCAAGAUUUGACUGUGUGGAUCAAUGAGAAGAUGCUCACAGCUCAAGACACUUCAUACGAUGAAGCCAGAAACCUUCACAGCAAGUGGCUGAAGCACCAGGCCUUCAUGGCUGAGCUGGCCUCCAACAAAGACUGGCUCAACAAAGUAGACGAGGAGGGCCAGGAGCUGAUGGAGUCCAAGCCUGAAUUUGAACCCAUUGUGAAGGAGCGUCUAGCCAAGCUUCAUGAACUGUGGGACAGGUUGGAGUCCACCACCCAGGAGAAGGCCCGUCUGCUUUUUGAUGCCAACCGCUCUGAGCUUUUUGACCAGAGUCUCGCUGACAUGAAGAAGUGGCUCAGGGGGCUUCAACAGCAGCUACAGAGCGGAGACGAGGACGUCAAAGACCUGACCAAUGCCAACAUCCUGCUCAAAAAACACCAGAUUACAGAGAACCAGGUACGUGACCGCGCUCGGGAGCUGGACGAGCUCCAGGAGGCAGUCAGGAAGCACGGCGGCUGCAGGGAGGACCAGCCGGAGCUGGAGGCUGAGCAGCAGGCCGUGCAGAUGGAGUUCCAGCAGCUCCUCACACCGCUGGACCGCCGGAAGAGCAAGUUGGAGGCCGCCAAGGCCAUCCAUCAGUACUACAGAGACCUGGCUGAUGAGCUGCUUUGGAUUGAGGAGAGGAUGCCUCUCGCAACAUCACAAGAGCACGGUCACAAUCUUCAAACUGUGCAGAUGUUGCUGAAGAAGAAUCAGUCGCUGCAGAGAGAGAUCGAAGGUCACCAGCCUCGUAUCGAAGAAAUGCUCAAUCGAGGAUGGAGGAUGGGGACUGCUGCCAGCACCGGGGGCAAACCGGAGGCAGGGCAGAUCAUGGAGCAGCUACGCGAUCUGGAGGAGGCGUGGGCCAGGCUGCAGGAUGAGAUGGUCAAACGCCGGGACAGAUUGAACGGCUCCAACUUGGCCCAGCAGUACUACAACGAUGCAGAUGAGGCAGAGGCCUGGAUCGGGGAGCAGGAGCUCUACAUGAUCGCUGAUGAAAAGGCCAAGGAUGAGCAAAGUGCCAUGCUGGUUCUGAAGCGCCACCUGAUCCUCAAGCAGGCAGUAGGUGACUACGAAAACUCCAUCCAGAAGCUGGCUGACCGUGCCCAGAAGAUGCUGGCAGAGGAGCAUCCUGAUGGUGAGGACAUCAUCAGGCGACAGAGCCAGGUGGAUAAGCAGUACGCCGGUCUGAAGGAACUGGCCGCGGACCGCACCAAGAAGCUGGACCACACGUACCACUACUUCCUGUUGAGCCGCGAGGUGCAGGACUUGGAACAGUGGAUUGCAGAGCGAGACGUUGUGGCCUCCUCUCAGGAGAACGGCCAGGAUCUGGACCAUGUCACGAUUCUGAGAGAUAAGUUCCGUGAGUUUGCAAGGGAGACAGGGAUGGUGGGUCAGGAGCGUGUGGACAUGGUCAACCAGACAAUCGACGAGCUGAUUGAAGCCGGUCACGGCGAGGCGGCCUCCAUGGCGGAGUGGAAGGACGGCAUCAAUGAGAGCUGGGCUGAUCUACUGGAGCUCAUCGACACCCGUGCUCAGCUUCUCACUGCAUCUUAUGAGCUCCUCAAGUACUUUGAUGAUGGGAAAGAACUGGUUGCUCAGAUCCACGACAAGCAGAAUGAACUACCUGAUGAUGUGGGAGAAGAUUUCAGCAAAGCAGAGUCCUUCCACAGAAUGCAGGCCGCCUUUGAAAGAGACAUCACUGCUCUCGGCAGACAGGUGCAACAGUUUCAGGACACGGCCACGCGGCUUCGCGCCCAGUACGCCGGGGAGAGGGCCGGUGCCAUCCAAGCUACGGAGACUGAGGUGGUGGAAGCCUGGAAGGGCCUGCUGGAUGCCUGCGACGGGCGCAGAGCUCAACUGGUGGACACGGCGGACAAGUUCCGCUUCUUCUCCAUGGUCCGGGACCUGAUGGCCUGGAUGGAGAGCAUCAUCCAGCAGAUAGAGACGCAGGAGAAGCCGAGGGAUGUCUCAUCAGUGGAGCUCCUACAGAAGUACCACCAGGGGAUCCGCUCAGAGAUUGAGGCCAGGGGAGCUAAAAUCACUGACUGCGUAGAGCUCGGCAAAGCUCUGCUGACACGCAAACACCGAGACUCUGCUGAGAUCAAAGAGAAGUUGGUGCAGCUGGUGGACAAAAAGAAGGAGAUGAUGUUCAAGUGGGAUGACCGGUGGGACUGGCUCAGACUGUUGCUGGAAGUGUGCCAGUUUGCGCGGGACGCCUCGGUGGCAGAGGCGUGGCUCAUAGCGCAGGAGCCCUACGUUACCAGCAGAGACCUGGGCCUCACCGUGGAUGAAGUUGAGAAGCUCCUCAAGAGACACGAGGCCUUUGAGAAAUCCACCGCCACGUGGGAGGAGCGCUUUUCUGCGCUCGAGCGCCUUACUACGUUGGAGUUAUUGGAGAUCAGGAAGCAACAGCAAGAGAUGGAGGAGUACAUGAAAAAACAACAAUCAGACAAGGACAGCAGGAGAGAAGACACAGGCUUUGCAGAAGAGUCUUCACACCUCUACACCAUUGAAGAACAAACUCUGUCGGGUUCUACAGCAGUCGAACCCAGUUCAGUUCUGCCAGAGGGAACAGCAGGUGACUCCACAGUGCCCAUACUGUCAGAGAUGAGAGAGAGCGCUUCUCUGGAGCUGGAGCCCUCUGUGGUCUCUGUGGUGACCUCUGAGGAACCCCAGAGGGCCUCCACCAUGCCUGCGGGGCCACAGAGGGCACACGCCGUGCUGCAGGAGGGCGUGCUGGGCCGCAAACAUGAUUUGGAGGGCUCAGGAAAGAAAGCCUCAAAUAGGUCAUGGAACAGUCUGUACUGUGUACUGAAGCCGGGUCAGCUCUCAGCCUAUAAGGACGCCAAGAGCUUUGGCCACGGUGUGACAUACCACGGAGAGGAUGCUCUGUCCCUGAGCAACGCCAGCUGGGAGAUCCUCCCCAACUACAAGAAAAAGAAGCACAUCGCCAAACUAUGCCUUGGAGAUGGCAGUGAAUAUUUGUUCCAGUGUAAAGACGAGGAAGAGCUGCAGCGUUGGAGCCAGGCCAUGGAGGAGGCUGUUCAGCCUCUGGUAGCAGAGGAGGCGUCGGGGUCCUCAGGGGCCAAAACGCAGAGCCUGCCCCCUCCCAUCUCCUCAGCUGGCCUCCCCGAGCCCAGCUCCUCCAAAAAAGACAAGGAGAAGAAAUUCAGCCGCUUUGCCAAGAAAAAGUAAAAGGAGAUGGGGAGGCCAUCAAGGCGCGUUGCCUAGGCAACCUGCAAAGAGAAAGUAGUAUCUGGCCCCCAACGAGAUUUAUUUAUAUUAUUUUGGGAUAACUAUUGUAAUUUAGAUUAGAUCCAUCACUGAUGCCUGUAUUUAAGCCUAUAUAUCUUUUUGUCUUCUUUUUAACAAAAUGCCAAACUACAAAAAAGAGGGAAAAAAAAGCAGUAAAUCAAAGCACAGGAAAGCUCUUUUCACACUCAACCAAAGAAUGUUUGUACAACCUUCACCCCCCCACCCCCUUUGUUUUCUUACUAUUGCAUGCUUUGAUAAAGGUAUUUAUGACAAGGUGACACUUUUAUUAAUUAUAAAUGGUUGGGACUGUAAUACUGUGCUGUUUGAAUUCAGAACCUUUAAUUCUACUCACAGGUUUAAAAGCCUCUAUUUGAAAAUAAGUAAAUAAAUAAAAGCUGAAA